GCCGUGGCUCUCGUGCUGCCGGCUGAGCAGCCACCUACCGGCAUGAAGGCCUGGGAGCCGGCUGCUUCCCUCUCCUCGCUCCAGCGCUAUGGAAUGCCUGCGGAGCCUGACCCUGCACUUACCCCGUGCGAUGGGACUGCCCCGGCGAACCUUGUGUGCUCUGGCCUUGGACCUGACCCCUGCGGCUCGCCCCGCUGCCGCCUGCGGCCGUGCACGCGACCUACUCGGAAGGAGCCGGGCUGCGCCGCUGUGCGGGCCCCGCCAGCUCCGCGUGGCAGGUGAAAUGCACCGGUUUAGAACUUCUGAUGUCUCUCAAGCCACUUUAGCCAGUGUGGCCCCAGUGUUUACUGUGACAAAAUUUGACAAAGAGGGAAAUGUUACUUCUUUCGAAAGGAAGAAAAUUGAGUUAUACCAAGAGUUAGGUCUUCAAGCCAGAGAUUUGAGAUUUCAGCAUGUAAUGAGCAUCACAACCAGAAACAAUAGGAUUAUCAUGAGAAUGGAGUAUUUGAAAGCCGUGAUAACUCCAGAGUGUCUUCUGAUACUGGAUUAUCGUAAUUUAAAUUUGGAGCAAUGGCUGUUCCGGGAACUCCCUUCACAGUUAGCUGGAGGGGGUCAACUUGUCACGUACCCUUUACCUUUUGAGUUUAGAGCUAUAGAAGCACUCCUGCAAUAUUGGAUCAACACCCUUCAGGGGAAACUUAGCAUUUUGCAGCCACUGAUCCUUGAGACACUGGAUGCUUUAGUGGAUCCCAGACAUUCUUCUGUAGACAGAAGCAAACUGCAUGUCUUACUACAAAAUGGCAAAAGUCUAUCAGAGUUAGAAACAGAUAUUAAAAUUUUCAAAGAGUCCAUUUUGGAGAUCUUGGAUGAAGAAGAGUUGCUAGAAGAGCUCUGCCUGACAAAAUGGAGUGACCCGCAAGUCUUUGAAAAGAGCAGUACUGGGAUUGACCAUGCAGAAGAGAUGGAGUUGCUGUUGGAAAACUACUACCGAUUAGCUGAAGAUCUUUCCAAUGCAGCUCGGGAACUUAGGGUACUGAUUGAUGAUUCACAGAGUAUUAUUUUCAUCAAUCUGGACAGCCACCGUAAUGUGAUGAUGAGGUUGAACCUACAAUUGACCAUGGGAACCUUCUCUCUUUCGCUUUUUGGACUAAUGGGAGUUGCUUUUGGAAUGAAUUUAGAAUCUUCCCUUGAAGAGGACCAUAGAAUGUUUUGGCUGAUUACAGGAAUUAUGUUUAUGGGAAGUGGCCUAAUCUGGAGGCGUUUGCUUUCAUUCCUUGGACGACAACUAGAAGCUCCUUUGCCUCCUGUGAUGGCCUCUUUACCUAAGAAGACUCUUCUUGCAGAGAGAAGGGUGGAAAUAAAAAACAGCCUCAGGCCAGAAGGACUUGGAUCAAGCAGGAGUCUCCUAACAAACCGAUAGGAACAACCCGGUGGAUACUCAGUAUUUUCGGAUGGUAGUCACAGGAGACUUCUGAUAUUCUUUUAUCAUUUUCUUUUACAGAGUCAGACACUUGAAGAAAAUCACUGAUAUUUAAGUUACAAUGUCUGAUGAUAAACAUAUGGCAGUCAAAAUAACUAGAACUUUAUUGCAUUUGUAGAAUUCUGAGUAAAGAAGCAAAGUGCUUGUUUUGUAAAAGGCCAAAAUUUUAUUUUCUACAAACUUUAAAUGCUGUUUUUAUAGACAUGUGAGGCAUGGAGAGGUUAAUUUAAUACAAGAACAGCCUGUUGUAUAAAUUUUACUUAACUUAUACAUAUCAAGAAAAGUACAGUUCAUGCCAAACAAAGCCUAGGAACUUGACAGACCCAUAGUUUGAGACCAGGUAGCCAUAGUUCUUAGUAUAGGGAAUCAUGUUCCUCUGAAUUCCUCUGAAUUCCUGACUCUCAGGUGACUGAAAAGCUAGCAUGAUAUGUACUAGCCUUAAACUCUGGGAGUUUGCGCUUUAAAACAAAACUCUUGACAUAACCUUAUUUUCUUGUAUUUGCCCCUUUUUAUACAUAAGGUGAAUAAAAAGAAAUAAUACCAGCAUUUUAUGGAUUCCAAUUAAUCAGGAUUUCACUUAACCCCCUGAAACUAUUUUUCUUUGCUUGGCUAUAAUUAGAGCCUUUGGAAGUAAAAUUGAAAGGAAGUAUUUCCAUUCUGUAACUGCUUUAUAGCUGCUUUGUUCAUUGCCUGAUUUUUAGAAGAGAUUUUUAGAAGAGAUUUUUAGGCCACCCUCCCUAAAAAGGAAUAUGUGUAUAUAUAGCCCAGCUAAUCUAUAUGCUUUCACCUCAAAAGUUGACAGAUGGGCUUCCUAAAACUUGGGGCUAGGUAAAUAUUAGAACUGUGAUACCUUUUGUUUUCAAAAUCAGACUUGGGUUUAGAAUAAAUGGCUAAUAUUUCUAAUUGUGAAAGCUGCUGUCCUUCUUAACAUCUUACCUACCUUUCUUUUCUGGAGGUUAAGUACAGUUAUGCACUAGAACAUUACAGUUAAACUUGCCUCCAGAAGUAAAACUCAUGGAAGAUUCUAGACUUUCCAGAGCAGCUCUUGUACUACAAAUGUGGUAGUAAGAAAAGAAUAAAUAUGCCUACCCUGAUGAUUGUUCAGGGUACCUGAUGAUCCUAAUGUGAGAGCAUAUGAGGAAGUCUAAGGGUCCAUUUACCAGGUGAUUUGGUGAUGGGAAUAAAAAUGUUAUUCCAGUAACUGAUUUGGAAGAAAACAGAUGAAGUUACAGGUAAGGUGUUUUCCACUCCUGUGCGGUUAUGAGAAGCCAUCAGAGGGAAACUAGAGAAUAAAAUGGCAUGAAACAGGCUGGGCUGGUCUUGGAGCACUUGCACCUCGCUGUGGGUCAGGAAGGCGCUUCGUGGUGUGGUGUUUGGAGCGUGACUGGACAGCACUCUAGCCUUACGAUGACUGUCGGGAUCACCUCUGAUAGCACUUAGAUUUCACAGGGUACUCUUUUUUUGGCUCACCUCAAAGUACUCUGCUGCUAUUUGGUCUUAUGUUAUCACUGUAAAAUAGGUAAUAAGUAUUACUUAGCUGUGACAUAUGAAGAAUUAGAAUCCCAGAGGGCAGAAUUUGAUUUGACUAAAAUCAGGCGUAGGAUAGAACUUUGGUCAUUUUUCCUUGUAGUGUUACUUAGUUCAUGAACUUAGGUAAAAUAAUUUUUUAUGAUGAGUCAUGUCCCAUUAAUAAAAGGGAAAAUAAUGUUAACUACCUCAUAAGUCUGAUAAAGGGAAGUUACUAAUGGUUUAUAAAAUCCUUGAAGGUGGUUAGAGCAAGUAUGAUUUCAAAACGUCAACUAGCUCUGCUUUGGUGAUUGCCAGCUGCUGCUUACAUUAAAGUUCUCAAACAGUAAAGCAGAGUCUGUGCCAAAAGAAAUAUGAAGUUCGUUGGUUUUAAAUUUUGAACUAAAAUGAUAGACUGAGCAUAAUAACUACUAUUUGAAAGGUAAAUAAUAAGAUACCAAACACCAGUUUAUGUGAGCAAGCAAGCAGUGAUAUUCCCUGUUGAUCAUAUAGAAGUUUAAGGUUUGAUACUCUUAACAGACCGUCUUUCUCUUUGGAAGGCCUCUAAGCAAAUGUGGGCAGAACUUUGUAAUGCCUACAGACGUGAUCUAAUAUGGAGGGUGCAUGGAAUAUGGACUCCAGAGACCUGCUCUGCUCCCAAGCUCACUUCAGAUCAUUUUAGUCUCCUAGGUCUGUGUGACAAAGACAUAAAACAAUUCCGAUCUUGAAGCCAUGAAGGAGGUUUUUACACAGAUAAUAGAAAGAUGGAAAAUGCAAAUAAAUGUCUUCUGAUAUCCUGAAAUAAAGAUAAAUUUUAGUUAA